AUGGAGCUGGACAUCGAACGGGCCAAGGAGCUCAUCGAACAGAAGCUGGCAGAGGAGGAGGAAGAAGAGAAGCGACUCAAAGGGGAUGGGGCACGGGAGCCACCAGCCGUGGAGCGGAUGAGCACACCAGAGCUGGAGGAGGAGAAACACUGUGGUCCCAGGAACCGGGGCCUUGAGGCCAUCAAGGGCCAAGAGCGGGUACGGAAAAGCUCAGUGGACCUGCGUCGGGAAAUCAUCGAUGUGGGCAGCAUCCAGCGCCUCAUUGAGCUCCGCAAGCAGCGCCGGCAGCGCCGGGAGGAGAGGGCAGCCACACCUGAGCCCCCUCCGCUACCUGAGCCCCUGGAGAUUGAGGGUCCUGUGGAGCCGGAGAGCUUCCUGCGAGCUGCUGUCCAGGGAAACAUUCGCGUCAUUGAGAAGUUUCUGGCAGACGGUGGCCCCCCAGACACAUGUGAUGAGUUCCACCGCACAGCCCUGCACCGCUCCUCACUGGAGGGACACAUGGACAUCCUGCGUAAGCUGCUGGACAGCGGAGCCACCGUGGACUUCAGGGACCGGCUGGACUGCACUGCCGUGCACUGGGCCUGCCGAGGUGGGCACCUGGAUGCUGUCAAGCUGCUGCAGGACCGUGGGGCAGACCUCAACCUGAAGGACAAGCUUCUCAGCACACCCCUCCAUGUGGCCACCAGGACUGGGCAUCCUGACAUCGUGGAGCACCUCAUCCACUGUGGUGUGGACAUCAACUCCCCAGAUAGGGAAGGUGACACAGCACUGCAUGAUGCCACACGGCUCAGUCGCUACAAGAUCAUCAAAAUGCUGAUCCUGCACGGGGCUGACAUGAUGGCCAAGAACCAGGCUGGCAAGACUCCAACAGAUCUGGUGCAGCAGUGGCAAGUGGACACACGCCAGGCAUUGGAGACCAAGGAGCAGCCACAAGUCGAGAUGGAGAUCCCUGCAUGA